GGUAGUACUGUACUGUAGGUUUUACUUGCUUUCGUCAUUGAGUUGUUGACUUGUAGCAAGUCACUUGUUGUUGGUUUCAAUCCGCAACCCAUGGGCCACGGGAAGAAGCGACUUUACUUAUGCUUCUUAUUAUUCACUACUUUGUGUUUGGGUUGUUUCGAGAUAAUUGAAGUUGCCACUUGCCAACAACCCAGCCGUGCAGGCUCGCGUCUGCAUCGUCAUGAUCGCAUGAAGGAUUCCAUGGGGAUGUCAGCGUGAUAGAACGCAUUUUGACUUGACGUUCUAGUUGCCAUUUGAACUGGAAGUAUCAUUGGAGUUCCGGGACAGCGUGGAGAUGGUUCAGCCGACGGAGGCGGUGUUCAGUGGGAUGACGGCGCAAUCGUUAGUGCCCGGGGAUUCCUCCUCGACCCCUUCCACGACCAGCGUCGUCGUCCCCCAUCGCGUCGUGCCAAAUGGGGACCAUGUCUCGGCCUCCCUGACGUCGGUGGCGUUCAACAGCCCCUCCAGCUCGGCAUCCCUGCUGGACUCCACGGCCUCCAAACCGGAUCUGGCCAAGGGCUCCUCACUGGAUCAGGACAUUGGCAUGGCCGCCAGUGCGUCGGGCGAGGACGCCACAGAUGGGACGGAGGCGCAAGGCGGACCGCCCAGGCCGCCGCUUGUGCCCAAGCGGACGGCUGAUGAUUUUAUCUUUGAAAAAGUGCUCGGCGAAGGUUCAUUUUCCACGGUUUAUCUUGCGCGUGAUAUUCACACAUCCAAACAGUAUGCAAUUAAAGUAUGUGAGAAGGUUCACAUCCGACGUGAAAAGAAGGAAGCCUACAUAAAACGCGAAAAGGAGAUCAUGCAGCUGAUUGGGAUGCAUAACAGCCCAUUCUUCGUUAAAUUAUUCUGUACCUUCCACGAUCAUUAUCGCUUAUAUUUUGUGAUGACCUACGCCAGAAACGGCGAAAUUUUGCCAUACCUCCAUAAAGUAGGCUGUUUCGAUGCCGAAUGUACAAAAUUCUAUACCGGCGAGGUUGUACUAGCGCUGGAGCAUUUGCACAAAUUGGGUGUGAUUCAUAGGGAUCUUAAACCGGAAAAUAUUCUAAUGAACGAACAAAUGCAUGUACUCAUUACGGACUUUGGUUCGGCGAAGAUGAUCGAUCAACCAGACACCAGGGUGGAUGUUCCCGUAGUUUUAGACGAUGAUGAAACACCCGGGAUGAGACCGCGACGAAACUCCUUUGUAGGGACGGCUGAUUAUGUCUCACCGGAAUUGCUCACCAAUAAAGACACCACCAUCAGUGUGGAUUUAUGGGCGCUUGGUUGUCUUGUGUACCAGCUUCUAGCCGGAUUACCUCCUUUCCGAGCGGCAAAUGAAUACCUGAUUUUCCAGAAGAUUCUGAAGCUGGAUUAUAGCUUUCCUGAUGGUUUCAACGAUGUGGCUAAAGAUCUGGUACAGAAAUUAUUGGAUGAGGAUAGUAAAAGGCGCCUCGGAUGUCCUGAAAUGGGUGGCUAUCCUACCUUAAAGGCGCAUCCGUUUUAUGAAGGCUUGCCUUGGGAGAAAUUGCACCUCAUGAAACCGCCUCCCAUAACGCCUUACCUCCCGGCUAGCGGUGAUAAUGAAGAGCUUCGCAGUGACUUUGUGAUUUCGCCAAACGUGCGACCCGGCUUCGAUGAGAAGCAGUUGAGUAGGCUGCUCGAUUUACAACUGCGCGAUAGCAUAUCGAAAGGUUCACCCAUGCCCACGCCGUCUCCCGCUCCAACCCGCGGCGGUAUUUUAGACAUACCGCCCAAGGAGUACGCCGAGCGUCUCGCUGCUCAGGCGAAAUCUAGCAUUUGGCAUCCCUUUGUGGACAACCAUCUUAUUUUGAAACAAGGGAUUAUCGAUAAGCGAAAGGGUUUGUUCGCAAGGAGAAGAAUGUUUCUGUUGACGACCGGCCCGCACUUCUACUAUGUUGACCCAGUGGGAAUGGUUUUGAAGGGGGAAAUACCUUGGUCAGUGGACAUGCGACCUGAGCCGAAGAAUUUUAAAACCUUCUUUGUACACACGCCAAAUCGCACGUAUUACCUGGAAGAUCCUCAGGGUUACGCGUUGGAAUGGUGUCGUGUGCUGGAGGAAGUGCGAGCAGAAACCUUUGAUAAGAAGGAUGCAGCAGCAGCUUCCAGGAAGUGAACUGUGUCGUUCGGGCUGGGAUGCUUGUUGAUGGUUGUCAGUUUUCUUGCAGUGAAGUUAACGUAAUAUUGCAUUGUUUCCGCAACUAAUGGUCGCUUUGCGAAACGCUUAGUAAAGCUGAAAGGUUUUUUUUGCACUUAUAUGAUGACGGGGUUGUUACUCAGCAGCACACUCCAUGCUAUUGUCGUGGCGCGUUGUGUCUUACAGAACAUAGCUUCGAUUUCAUGGGUUCACCAUGCAAGAAACUUUAUAUGCUUUUUCCGCGGUUAUCUGGGCGAAUUAUUUAUUAAACUCAGCAGGAGAAAACAGUUGUUUUUGUCCCGACUGGCAGAAAAAACUCCCUGCAAUGUGUUUGCAGCCUCCAUCUAAUUUCGUU